ACCGGACACUCCGCGAUGAUGUGUAAAGUGAGGGGAGACGCGACGGCGAGCGCUUUCUUAAAAGACAUGUUCGUGCUCGGCGGUGUUUCCACACGAGCACUAGUGGCGGCCAUGUUGGUGAGGUCCACAUGACAAGGGAAGUGGUUGAGUGACGUACAGGUCGACCAAUAGGAAAGGCAGACAUUUCCGUAGAGGGCCGUAGUGGUUUUAAUCUAUCCAAUCAAAAGAGUGUAUUUAGAAGUGGCAGCAAAAAUAGCCAAUGGAAGCCUGAAAUUGACAGGAAGAAGGCGAGGCUUAAUUUACCGGUGCAGAUCGGAUGUAGUCUCUACUGACCGGAUAGUGUUUGUGUAGAGGAAGUUUUGUUUUUCGACUUUUCCGUCCGCUUCGAUUGACUGAACGAUUAGCAAAUGUCCUCAGAAGAACACGAAAUGCUAGCCGUGUGAAUUACAUGCCGGGAGCCGCACUAGUUGUUUAAAAAAAAAAAAAUAAAUAAAAAAAAAAAAUAAUUCCCUCUGAGGGGAGGAAAAAGUCUCGGCUCUUUGAAGUAGACUUCACAGAAACAGUAUUCCGGUGAGCACCUUGUCGCUAACGUAGUCGAGCUAACGUUAGCCUCCGCUUGUUUUGCUCUGUGCGGAGGAGCUCCCCCGAGCUAACGACGCCAUGGGGAACCGGGGCAUGGAAGACCUGAUUCCCCUCAUCAACAAGCUCCAGGACGCCUUCAGCUCCAUCGGGCAAAGUUGCAAUUUGGACCUUCCUCAGAUUGCCGUGGUCGGCGGGCAGAGUGCUGGGAAAAGCUCCGUUUUGGAGAAUUUUGUCGGCAGGGACUUUCUUCCACGAGGAUCUGGCAUUGUUACCCGCAGACCUCUCAUUUUGCAGCUGGUCAACAAUAAAGCAGAAUAUGCCGAGUUCCUGCACUGCAAGUCAAAGAAGUUUGUGGAUUUUGAAGAGGUGCGCGCAGAAAUUGAAGCGGAGACCGACAGGAUAACGGGCUCCAACAAAGGCAUCUCCAACAUCCCAAUUAACUUGAGGGUCUUCUCUCCUCAUGUUUUGAACCUGACGCUGAUCGACCUUCCGGGAAUGACCAAAGUCGCUGUGGGAGACCAGCCGGUAGACAUCGAGCAUCAGAUCAGAGACAUGAUAAUGCAGUUCAUCACCAAGGACAGCUGUCUGAUCCUAGCUGUCACGCCCGCCAACACUGACUUGGCCAACUCGGAUGCGCUGAAGAUCGCCAAGGAGGUAGACCCACAGGGUGUGCGCACAAUUGGCGUCAUAACAAAACUGGACCUGAUGGACGAAGGGACGGAUGCGAAGGACAUCCUCGAAAACAAGCUUUUGCCACUGCGAAGAGGCUACAUCGGCGUGGUGAACCGGAGUCAGAAAGACAUUGACGGCAAGAAGGACAUUCGCGCUGCUCUGGCGGCCGAGAGGAAGUUCUUCCUGUCGCACCCUGCUUACAGACACAUUGCGGAGCGGAUGGGGACGCCACAUCUUCAAAAGGCUCUCAACCAGCAACUGACCAAUCACAUCAGAGACACACUUCCAGGUCUGCGCAGCAAGUUACAGAGUCAGAUGCUCUCGCUGGAGAAAGAGGUGGAAGAGUACAAGAACUUCCGUCCAGAUGACCCAACGCGCAAGACCAAGGCUUUGUUGCAGAUGGUGCAGCAGUUUGGUGUGGACUUUGAGAAGCGCAUCGAAGGCUCCGGAGACCAGGUGGACACCAACGAGCUGUCUGGAGGUGCCAAGAUCAACCGCAUCUUCCACGAACGCUUCCCGUUUGAGUUAGUCAAGAUUGUAUUUGAUGAGAAGGAGCUGCGGCGGGAAAUCAGUCACGCAAUCAAGAAUGUUCAUGGUGUCAGAACGGGGCUCUUCACCCCCGACCUGGCUUUCGAGGCGAUAGUCAAAAAGCUGAUCCUCAAACUCAAAGAGCCCAGCCUCAAAUGUGUGGACCUGGUGGUGUCCGAGCUCACCGCACUGGCCAUGAAGUGCGCCGUUAAGCUCAAUUCUUACCCGAGGCUGCGAGAGGAGACAGAGAGGAUUGUGACCACUCACAUCAGAGAAAGGGAAGGAAAGAGCAAGGACCAGGUUCUGCUAUUGAUUGACAUUGAACUGUCCUACAUCAACACCAACCACGAGGACUUCAUUGGCUUUGCUAAUGCACAGCAGAGGAAUAUAGCAGCCAACAAGAAGCGGCCCAUUCCUAACCAGGGUGAAAUUCUGGUCAUAAGGAAAGGCUGGUUGACCAUCAACAUUAGCAUCAUGAAGGGAGGUUCCAAGGAGUACUGGUUCGUCCUCACCGCAGAGUCCCUGUCGUGGUACAAAGACGACGAGGAAAAAGAGAAGAAGUACAUGCUGCCCCUGGAUAACCUGAAGAUCAGAGAUGUGGAGAAAGGCUUCAUGUCCACAAAGCACAUCUUUGCAAUCUUCAACACAGAGCAGAGGAACGUGUACAAGGAUUUGCGGCAAGUCGAGCUGGCGUGCGACUCUCAGGAGGAUGUGGACAGCUGGAAAGCGUCCUUCCUCAGGGCCGGCGUUUACCCGGAGAAGGACCAGACGGAGAACGAGGAGGCGGCCCCGACGGACACCUUCUCCAUGGACCCUCAGCUGGAGCGUCAGGUGGAAACCAUCCGCAACCUGGUGGAUUCCUACAUCGGCAUCAUCAACAAAUCCAUCAGGGACCUGGUGCCCAAGACCAUCAUGCACCUUAUGAUCAACAGCGCGAAGGACUUCAUCCACUCGGAGCUGCUGGCCUACCUCUACUCGUCGGCCGACCAGAACAGCCUCAUGGAGGAGUCGGCCGACCAGGCGCAGCGCAGGGACGAAAUGCUGCGCAUGUACCACGCCCUCAAGGAGGCGCUGCACAUCAUCGGAGACAUCACCACCAGCACCAUCAGCACGCCCGUGCCCCCGCCUGUGAAUAACACCUGGAUACAGGAGGCCAGCCCAACCCCUCAGCGCAGGCCGCCCCCAUCGGCAGCCCCGCCCCCCGGCCGCCCGCCCGCCGUCCGGGGGCCGACGCCCGGACCCCCAAUCAACCCUUCCCCGGUUUUCGGCGCCGCUCCGCACAACGCGUCUUCGGGUUUCGGCGCCCCUCCCAUCCCCUCUCGACCCGGUCCGGCGCCCGGGGGCUUCAACAACUUCCAGGACCCCUUCGGCGCGCCCCCGCAGAUCCCGUCCCGGCCCGCACGCAUCCCGCCCGGCGUUCCCAGCCGAAGACCUCCUGGCGCUCCCUCUCACCGGCCCACCAUUAUCCGCCCUGCCGAGCCCUCCCUGCUAGACUAGACCCCGUGGGCCGAACCCACCCUAAUUCUCUUCUGUGUGUGUGUGUGUGUGUGAUGGGACUGGAGGAGGUGAUGAUUAUCCACCACAUGUAGGAUGCAUUUCAAGUGAAUCAGCUCAAAGGCUCACUGUAACAUGUAGUCUGUCUUGCUCAUUAACUACCCGCUCGACCAAUCAGCAGAGCACGUUAACGAAGCAAAUAAUAAGGACCGUAGAUGUCGGCUCAGCGGUUUUUAAAGGAAUGAUUUAACAUCCGUAGCGUGUUUUGUUACUGUAAAACCCAAAUAAAGGUGACCCAGAUGAGAUGACAAAAGAGUAGAAAUCGUCACCAUGAUAAUAUUUCUUAUUUUCUGCAGUGUUUCCUUCAGAUACAAACUUCUUUUUAUUUAUUGUUACCACCAAGUGACAUCUCAACCAUAUAAUAGAGGCUCUUAUUUUAAAAACGAUUUGAGUUUGCCAUAAGGAAAUUCAAAAUGCAAACUUUUUCUCUCUUGGUUGUUAAAGGGUAAUGACUUAUUCAUGUUCAAUAGCAAACAAAAUAACAUAACACACACACGUACGCAGAGUAGCCAAACUUUCUCUUCCCAGUUACUUCUAGUCUAAAUGAGCAAAUAUGUCCCUUUUUUAAAGAAUAAAACAAAGGCUAAAUGUAGCUUUUUGCCCGUAAACGCCCCUCAGCAGCCGCGUGCACUUUCCCUCACCCAUCAUCGUGCUUUUUGACUUUAUAUCCGCCUCCUCUUCUAUGCAUUCAACCUCUUGUAAAUACAGAGAGCGGGGAGGUUAGCAUUUGUAUAUCUCAUCGUCUCAACACGCUUUAGAUUUCUAAUGGGAGAGCGGGACGCACUAACGCUGCCUGUGUGUCAUGUGACUAACUUUUAUUUAUAACCCGUCAUGUAUCGGUUGCAUGUGGGGGAGGGGCUUCGUUGUUUGCUAUGUGUCCUUGCUUUAAUUCAGGGUUUCCCAAACUGCUUUGAGUCCUCCCAAUGUGUUUUCGCAUAUACUGUACAUAAACUGCUAAUAAAGAACACAAGAAACCUGAUUGCUGGUCGCUGGAACAGGACAAUAACCUUGACAAUCGGCGAGACGCUAAAAAUGCAGUUUGGGAAGCCCUGCUUUAUUGAAUGAUAUGCGGGGUCGAGGGGGGACAUGGAUUGUGGGGCUACUUGUGUAUAAUGGUGGUGGUAAUUUUGGUGUUUUAAAGCCACAUCUUUUUAAAAAAAAAUUUGGGGGGGGGGGGAAUUACAGAAACAAACAGGCCUUAAAUGAUGUCAUCUUAUUAUUUAAAGCACGGGUGUCUGUACUUUUUCUUCCACGGGAUCACCAUUCAGAAAAAUUGAAAGGGAUGCAACAGCCACUUUGAAAUUCUUCACCUUGAAUUUAUUUAAUACGCUAAAUCAGUGCUUCAGUGUAGGAAAAGUUGUCAUAAAUUAAGUUUGUUGACAUAAACUAAUAUUUUUUCAGGGUUCUUGUUUUUCCUCGAGCUUUAUAUUUACAUGAGAAAAGAAAAGCUAGGUGACAAAGUAAAAAAACAACAUUUUUUUCAUUAUUUUGGGUUGGUGCCACAGCAGACCUUGGCGUCACGUCUUAGCGGACUGACGUGCGAUUGGUUGAAAACCAGGAAGUGGAGGGAUGAGAAGCAGCUUCUCUUCUCAUCAGUGUAGAAAGAACGUGGGAGAAUUCAGGCGAACGACACGGCCAUAUCAAAAUUUUAGAUUUUAAUCUAGGCCACGGCUCGCUAAAAACUCGAUUGGCGGUCCGCAAAUGGCUUGGAGUUCGAACACCCCUGCCUGAAUUCACACAAUUGUCAACACACACUCGCCCCACAAGAUGGCGCCGUCCCCUCGACGUCUUCACCGUGUGGUGCCCGCUGAACAGCACAAAAGUGGCGUAGUCAUGUGUUUUUUUUUUUUUUUUUUUAAAAAGAGCCUGUAUAGCCUCACAAACACGCUACGGAGCCAUGAAGAGCCAAUAAAAGAGCUCGUGUACAAUAAAGAGGCUUUGGUGACACUUAUCUUGCUCUCCUCCUCUUUCGUCCAUCAUAACGUUAGCAUUAGCAUGGCUGCCCAAGUCAUAUUUUUCAAAACAAAACACAAAAAAAACAGUCGAGUUGCCUUGAUUCAACUUGCAUAAAUAUAAAUAAAAUACACCAUUUUUGCAAGCAGAUUGAUUUUUUUUUAAAUUUGUAUUGAGAUUGCGACUAAGUUGGAAAUGACUUGGGCGCAUAUGCUAUUAGGCCAUAUGCUAUUAGGCUUUUACUACAAUACAAUAUUUCAUAGUUUGGCACUCUGGUCACAAUAUUAAGUACACCUGCACAAAUUAUUCAUUUUCAUCAUACUGAGACGUGUUUGUAAUAUUUUAUCCCUCUCCUUGAGCUGAAUAUGGAAGCUAAAAUAUUAAAAAAGAGAAUCUUUUUCUUUUUAAAUCUAAUGUAAUUUUUUCCCCCUAUUGCCUGAAUGCCAAGAAUCAGUCACAUUACACUAAUGUAGUAUAUUUUAAAUGUAUUUAAUAUAUUACUGAUUUAUUAUUAUUAUUAUCAUUGUUACUAUUGGUAAUCCAACCUCUUAUGCAUGCUAUUUAAAAAUAUUUUUAAAUUGAUUAAAAAAAUUCUUUGGGACACAUUUGAUAAAAAAACAUUUCUUCUAUAUUCUAUUUGAUUAUUGAUUUUUACUCCCCCAGUGUAACCAGUUUGGCGCUUUUCAGCACAUCACAAAGAUGCCCACGAUAACGGCAUCAUAUCUGAUCUAAUUCCAUUGUGCAGAUGUAAUAAUAUUGUGUUGAUUUGGAGAACGGGUCCAUCUUGACGAUGCGGUCAUAGUUAACACGAGUAAUUAACGGUGGCUGAUUGUCGUCGAAACAGGCGACCCCCUCCGCGACGGAAUCUGUGGUGACCUUCAGCGGCCUUCGGCCAGAUUGAAAUGAGGAGCGACGCUCUAAACUAAUAGAUGUCUUACACUGCCAAUGAAACACAUGCAUUCAGCAUAAUUUAUUUUUUUUCUUCUCAUGUGAAUGUACAAGUACGGUGAAUACAAAGUUUACACACCCAUGUUCAAACGUCAUUUUUGUGCUAUAAAAAAAUAAGAUGAAAAAAUGUCAAAACUUUUUUCACUGUGAAAUUUUUUUUUUUUUUUUUUUUUUUGCCCGUCUCCUUCCAGAUACUUAUAAACAAUGAGAUCCCUCUGAUGCCAUAAAUUAGAAGCUCUCUACAGGUUAUGGCUUGUGCUCUAUGAUUUGACUACAGAUAUGUCAGGAAAGCUGACUAGAACAUCUGAACGUUAUUUGUGUUCAUCAGAGGCACCUUAAACAGUGGCAGGUAUAUGCUGAUUAGUUAACAACAGUUUGAAUGUGAUUGGUUGAUUCUGAACACAGCCACACCUGGUUAUUAAAGGGUGUGUACACUUUUGCAAUUUUUUUUUUUUUUUUUUUACCCUCAAAUUAUACAAAAAGGCGAGUUGUAUAGAUUAUUAACGGUGGAAAAAGUUUUGCAGACUUUUUUUUUUUUAACCACAAAAACAUGGCAUUCCAACCGGGGUGUGUCUAUCUUUUAGAUCCUCUGUACAAGGUAGCAGUGUUGGGCGGAUUAAAAAAACAGGAUUAAAAGGAAAAGAAGCACACAUGAAGAGUGAUUAUUGUUUUUAUAAACUUUAGCAAAAGUAGAAUAGUGCUCUUACUGCAUUUUUAACCAACGGCACUUUCUUGAGACUAAAUUAUUUACAAAUUGGUUCUAAUGAGCAAUAGGUAUUGUUGUUACUCAAUCAUUAUAAUUGAGUCCACACACAAACCCGUGGCCUACUGCUUGCCAAAUAAUCAGCCCACAUUGAAUUUGUACACAUAAUUUAUAAAUGUACAAUUUUGAGUUCUCCUCGUCAGAUUUUUAGGUUGUUGUUAAUUUUACAAAUUACAACUACUCGUGCUUGUAAAAUUGUCUGCUUUCUGUCACAAUGUUACAACUUUGAUCUUGUAAUAUUUUUUUUUUAAUAAAAAAGAUGAAUGUUAUUUUUUUUUAAAUUCCCCAUAUAACUAUAUAGAUAUAGAACUUCUCCAAAAAAAGCACAAUUUUUCAAAUUUUAUUUCUUUUGAGAUUUCUGUUUUUCUUAUAUUAUUGCUCUAUUUUCAUAAUUUCUAUUUACGGCUCGUAUAAUGUAAACAUCAUAUUACCUUGCCAAAUAGUGAGCCCACAUUUUCACUUUCUAUGAGCGAAAGCUUGUUGCCUGCCAAAUAGGGCCACCGUGCUUUUUUUUUUUUUUUGGGUAAGGAUUUAUAUGAAUUGUCGCUGUCAAACAAACAAGAUGUGGAAAAAUGGUCAUGUCCAGUGAAUGAUUUAUUUGUAUUUUUUAAAUACUUUAUCAGGAAAAUUAACCAAACAAAUGAUGAAAUGGAAACACUCAGCGAGACUGUUUUUCCCAUAUUGUAUAUAUUUAUUUCUAGCUGUACUGUUUGAAAAUGUAAAAAUAAAUAAAAUAAAAUCAUCUGUUGCCAUGUAUAAAUAU